AAGCCCCCCAAUAUCCAUUCUCUCUGUCUUGCUGCCUGUAAUAGUCUGCCUCUGUUCUCUGACGUUGGCUCUUGUUGCAGACAGAAAUAGAAAAUCUCUUCCCUCACUUCCAUAAAUUGCUCAUGCGGUGCAGCGAGACAGCUGUGGACCCCACAAUACCUCCCUCUGCUUUUCUUCUCCUUGCUGAUAUUCUAUUAUGUGAAGUCAAAUUAUGUCUCAAGCCAUUAAAGAUAUUAUACCGUACUUAUUUUUAACUUAAAUCGUUUAGUGCAGAUUUAAGUUGGUCGUGUGCUGGUAACAUCCAAUCUCUGACCAAUCAGUCUGUCACCCUCCUUUGAUAUAUUACCCUCAUAUUGGCUUUGUCCUUCCCCCUCUCUUUCCCUCUCUCUCUAAAACUCAUACACACCUAUCACUCAACUUGAUUUAACCCCCCUCUCUCACACAUAUGAGAUCCCAGAGUUCUGUCUGCUUUGUUCUGUCAAGGAAAACUGGAAUGCACACAAAUCACAUGAAGGACACAAACAACAACUUUAACAACUCCCUCCUUGGCGCCCAAAAGGAGAAGCUUAUUCAGGCGAUUAAAAAAAUUAAACAUGAAAUUGAUGAAUGUUAUGAAGCUGAGAAAGACGCCUUUGUGGACGCACUGGCGGUUGAGACCAGAUUUGAAGAGAUAGAGCAUGAAAUCCGAGCAGAGUUCCAAAACCUCCAUCGAUUCUUAGAUGAGGAGGAGGAGACGGACCUGGAACGACUGAAGAAGGAAAGGGACAGACGAGUAAAGAUCUUAAAAGAGAGAGAGAAAAAGAUUGCCAUGCAGGGUAGAGAUCUAGAGAAAGCCAUCGAGAGACUGAAUUGCAAACUGCGAGAAGAUGACAGUCCCAAACUUCUGAAGGAAAUCAAAGAGCUUCUGAAAAGAUGUGAGGUGAAUUUUAUUCGCCCUGCCCCAAUAGACACCGAAAUCCUCUCUGGUCAGUUUGUGGGACCCAUUCAGUACCGGAUCUGGAAACACAUGAAAACAUCCCUCUAUCCAAACAUAUCCACGUUGACUUUUGACCCUGAAACAGCACAUCCCCUCUUGACCUUAUCUGCUGAGAGGACGUCGGUUACUUUCGAUGAGGAUAAGGUGCUGCCUAAGGAGAACCCAGAUGAGAGGAACCCGAAUCGCUUCCACUACUACUAUUGCGUGAUGGGCUCAGAGGGUUUCACUCAUGGCCGUCAUUACUGGGAGGUGGAGGUGAAGGGCAAGUCCGCCUGGCGAGUGGGUGUGGCCAGAGCGGACGUGCACCGCGGGGAGAUGGACUCUUCCUCCACGUUAAAUGGACUGUGGACGCUGUCUCUGAGAAAUGGCUCGAUCAUGGCCUGCACCCACCCAAAGCCCACACAGGUGCUCUUGUACGCCCUCCCCAUCCGCAUCGGCAUCUUCCUGGACUGCGACAAUGAGGAGGUGUCUUUUUACAACGCUGUCACCAUGACUCCACUCUUCUCCUUCUACAUUGGGACUGUUCUAGUGCCGCUCUAUCCAUUCUACAACCCAUGUGACACAGAUGAAGGAAAAAACUGCGCUCCUCUUUCCAUCUUCCAUCCAUCACUCUGAGGGAUUGACAUAGGAAAUAGAUGUUUGGUUUUUCCUACUGCUGACACUGUCUGAAAUGCUGAAUUCUGAUCACCUCGCAGCUUGUAUACCUAUAAAGAUAUAGAGCAGUUUUUGCUGUGUAGUUGUGUUUGGAUCAACUGUUUAAGUAACAAUAAAUAGUGUCUGUAUCUGAAAUCACAUUCACUAGUCCCUACAUUACCCCACUGAUAUAGUUCACUGAGUUAAUGAAAAUGAGCGAGUGAAUUUGGACAAUGAAUGCGAUAAUUUUCUGGCAAGACGCAGGAAUUAUUUUGCCGCAAUGCUCACGGUGCAUGAAUAUUCUGUAGUGGCUAGUCACUGAGUGUACAUCGGUUGUAUACUUGUUAUUGAGGUGCAUUAUGGGAUUGAAUGACUGCACUUGUUAAUUCUGUCAUUAUUUACUUGUUCCAAAAUGGUAUGCAAAUAUGGUUUGACAUCAUGAUGUUGGUUAUGAGACUCUCGAAAACCAAUAAGCUUUGAUUUUAUUGACGUCCAGCCUGCAUCAUAGGUACUUUAUUUGGUUUGAGAGCCACAAACAUAUGGACAACAUUUAUAGGGCUUUAUUUUUUAUUGCUUGACAAGCUGUUGUCACAAUGAACUACUAUAUCAAUGUAUUACAACUAUACAAUCAUGAGCAUCUAAUCUCAGAAGGUAGCCAGGGUUUGACUUGGUUAGAACUUAGUACUUGGAUGGGAGACUGCCUGGGAAUAUCAAAUGCUUUAUCUUUGGGUGGCUCAUUGGGAAGCACUGUUUCCUCACAGCAAGAAGGUCCCUGGUUCAAGUCCCAGCUGAACAAGGAGGCCUUUCUGGGUGGAGAUUGCAUGUUCUUCUUGUCUUGCUGUGGCUUUCCUCUAGGUAAUCUGGGUUUCACUCAAAAACAUACAGUAGGCCUCAUAGGAGACAGUAAAUUGCACAUUUUGCAUGGCACCUAACUUUUUCUUGAGCAGUUUUUUUUUUUUUUUGCUACAAAAGAAGCGAUAUCGCCAUAAUCAAGGCAUUGAAGGUACUAUAACUUGUGUGUUUUGCCUUUACUCACCUAAACAUGUCAGCAAGAUUAGGAAAUUGCUGAAUCGCAGGUGUUUCAUUUACUAGACAUGGCUGCAGUAGGUGAUGAGGCCAAUGAUGUCCAUAGCAAGUAGGCUUUGACUUUCAUUUUACUUAACAUUAUUUUAAUAAUUUGUUAUAUUGAAGAGAAUAUUUUUGAAGGAUAUUGGUUUACUUAUGGCCUUUUUGAGCACUUGAGCUUAAAGCCGUGCACACACUUAACGAUUGUAAGGCCGAUUAUGAAUGUAAAUUGAUACUUAUGACUGAUCGCGCUCAAACGCGUCCAGUCAGAGCCAGUUGCGUUCAGUCUGCGAUUACAGUCGGUGUUCAAAUUCCAUGUGUGAGUAUAUAAAUCGGCUCCAGACGAAGGAAACAAUCGGUAUGUGUGUUCAGUUCAGUCUUAGAAUGUUUCAGCUAAUCGUUAGGUGUGUCCCCAGCUUAACUGAGGCUUUUGUGUUGAUCUUGAGUUAUUGGAAUAUUGAGGUGUUCAGUUUUGUUUGAAUUUUAGAAAAUAAACAUAUGAUUGUUCUCCUCACAAA